AUAUUCUGUGUCCAUAUUCAAGCCUGCGGAUAUACUGUGCCAAACCACAGUGAAGUUGAACCACAGAGGGACGCUGAUCCGAUCCCCUCAACUUCUUCGAUUCCCUGUUUGUGUGUCUCUCAUGGCUUCUCUCUCCAAUGGCCACUCCACCUCUCCCCCCAAUCCUAAUCCUCCCUCCGUCCACAUCAAGUUCACGCAGCUCUUCAUCAAUGGCAGCUUCGUUGAUUCCCUCUCUGGGAAGACUUUCGAGACGAUAGAUCCGAGAACAGGGGAGGUCAUCGCCACCGUCGCCCAAGGCGGCAGAGAUGAUAUAGACGUCGCCGUGAAAGCUGCUCGCCAAGCAUUUGACUUCGGCCCAUGGCCUCGCAUGCCCGGCUCUGAAAGAGGAAGAAUACUAAUGAAAUUGGCAGAGUUGAUAGACCAAAAUACAGAGGAACUAGCAGCACUGGAUGCCAUAGACGGUGGAAAACUGUACCAAUGGUGUAAAACCGUUGAGAUUCCUUCAGCAGCCAAUAUGCUGCGGUACUAUGCAGGCGCUGCUGAUAAAAUCCAUGGAGAGGUAUUGAAGAUGUCCAGACAGUUCCAUGCUUAUACUCUGCUCGAACCCAUUGGCGUGGUGGGUCACAUCAUUCCUUGGAACCUCCCCACCGCUAUGUUCUUCACCAAGGUUGCCCCUUCCUUGGCUGCCGGCUGCACCAUGGUUGUCAAACCCGCCGAGCAAACUCCUCUCUCUGCUCUCUUCUGCGCCCAUCUUGCUAAGCUUGCUGGAGUACCAGAUGGUGUGCUUAAUGUGGUACCUGGGUUUGGUCCAAUUGCUGGUGCUGCUAUAAGCUCGCAUAUGGACAUUGAUAAGGUUAGCUUCACUGGUUCAACACAAACAGGACGGGAAGUGAUGCAGGCUGCGGCUAAGAGUAAUUUGAAACAAGUUUCGCUUGAAUUAGGAGGCAAAUCACCCCUCAUUAUAUUUGAUGAUGCUGAUGUGGACAAAGCUGCGGAACUGGCACUCAUAGGAGUCCUUUUUAACAAGGGAGAAGUCUGUGUUGCAGGCUCCCGUGUUUUUGUUCAAGAAGGUAUUUAUGAUGAGUUUGAGAAGAAGUUGGUGGAAAAGGCGAAAGCUUGGGUAGUUGGAGACCCUUUUGAUCCUAACGUUCAGCAAGGUCCUCAGGUCGACAAGAGGCAAUACGAGAAGAUAUUGUCGUACAUAGAACACGGAAAGAGAGAAGGGGCCACCCUGUUGACUGGGGGUAAAGCAGUGGGCAACAAGGGAUACUACAUUGAACCUACAAUUUUCACAGACGUUAAGGAGGACAUGCUGAUAGCACAAGAUGAAAUAUUUGGGCCUGUGACGGCCCUAAUGAAGUUCAAAACGAUGGAGGAAGCAAUAAAGAGUGCGAACAAUACGAGAUAUGGGUUAGCAGCAGGCAUAGUGACGAAGAACAUAGACAUAGCAAACACAGUGUCGAGAUCCAUAAGAGCAGGAAUCAUUUGGAUCAACUGCUAUUUUGCAUUUGGGAAUGAUGUCCCCUUUGGAGGGUAUAAGAUGAGUGGAUUUGGGAAAGAACAUGGAAUGGAAGCCCUUCACAAGUAUCUGCAAGUUAAAUCUGUUGUCACUCCUAUUUACAAUUCUCCCUGGCUCUAAAUAUUUAUCAAUUCCUCAGUUAUGGUUCUUCAUUAGUGAGAGUACCUAGAUUUUCAUGAAUAACACAGCAUCAUGUAAUUAACUGUGUUUUGUAAAUUCGAGAUUAUAAACCCUGGUAAUUCUAAUAAAUAAGAAGCCCAGUUUGUCAUUGAUUA